UGUUCAGUUCUAUUCCGGUUUUAGUUCUAGUAGCAACAAGUACAGCGACUACAAUGAACAGUCUCACAACUGUAUUCCUGCUCCUCGCGGGCCUAAUAGCCACUUGCACCGCGAGGAUCCUUGUCGUUGACAACAGUUACGUUCGAGUAUCAUAUCCAUCAUCAUCAUCAUCGGAAGAGUCCAUGGAUUUUGUUCAUGAUCUUGAGAUUGGCUGUUACAAGAAAACUGGUUCCGACCAGGCCUUUGAAGACAUGGCCGCCUCCUUCGCUGCAUUUCCGUUAUGCUUUUCUAUGCAUGUGGAUAUGGACAACUUCGCGAAUGACUUGGAUCGCCUGAACGCUUCCACCCGGCAUGAAAUAUUUCCCAAGUACUGUCCACAGGUACGCAAUGCACUUUCGUGCUUUGACUUGCCGCUAAAACAACUCAGCAAAUGUUUGAACGACGAUGAUGCCCUAAUUCUACUUGCAACGCACAAUGCGGUGCACGAGGCUCUGCAUUUGAUUUGCGAAAAUGACGGAGAGAUUCUGUUUUUGGAAGGCGCCACCUACAACGUUUGCAUGGAGAAUUAUUCCGACUACACUGUAGAAUGUUCCAACGUGAUCUCGGACCCGGAGUUAACCAUGGGAAUUUCCAAGUACGGCGAGGCUCAGUGCAUAGAGCUGUCCCAGAUACGAGACUGCAUGCAGAACAAAUUCAACGAAUGCAACGGCCCCAGGUUGAUUGACGUGUUUGACGUGUUUUGGCGAGCGUUGUUGAAUAAUAGUCCUUGCAGAAAUUUCAUCAUCGGACCAAACGAGGUAGAAGACGAUAGGACACACUACGAAAUAGUCUAGAUCAGUGGAUAUGCGUUUCGAUCUUUUGACAGAUAGCGAUUCACACGGAAAAAUCAUCUUGAACCUAAUUAAGCCUUAAAGGAAAAUCUUAUAAUAGUUCAUAAACAAAUAAAAAAAAAUAACUAUUAUUUUGAGACGAAUAAAAAACUUAUUUA